CGUGGAGGCUGCAGAGGGCAAUUAACAUAAGAAAAUAGAAUUGUUACGCCUUUCAUGGUAUCGAUAUUUUCCUAAAAGACCGGUACAUCUAGGACAUGUUCAAUUAGAAGUAGUCGCUGUUCACAAGAGAACAUGGCAGGAAACAGCCUGGUAUUACCCAUAGUGCUAUGGGGCCGCCGCGCACCCACACACUGCAUCUCCAGUCUGCUGGUGAUGGAUGAUUUUGCCACCAUCAUCACAGGCUGCCAUGAUGGACAAAUCUGCAUCUGGGACAUGACACCUGAGCUUGAGAUAAGUCCACGUGCCCUCUUGUUUGGACACACUGCUUCCAUCACCUGUUUGUCUAAAGCCAGCGUUGCCAGCGACAAGCAGUACCUGGUCAGCGCUUCGGAGAGUGGUGAGAUGUGCCUGUGGGAUGUCAAUGAUGGCCGCUGCAUUGAGUUCACCAAGCUGGCCUGUGCUCACACUGGGAUCCAGUUCUACCAGUUCACCAUCGGCACCCAGCGCGAGGGCCGCCUGCUGUGCCACGGCCACUACCCCGAGAUCCUGGUGGUGGACGCCACCAGUCUGGAGGUGCUCUACUCGCUGGUGUCUAAGAUCUCGCCCGACUGGAUUAGCUCCAUGAGCAUCAUCCGCUCGCACCGCACACAAGAGGACACCGUGGUAGCUGUGUCUGUUACUGGCAUACUGAAGGUGUGGAUUAUAACGGCCGAUGUGAGCAGAAUGCAGGAUCUGGACCCGGUGUUUGAGGAGGAGUCCAAGCCCAUCUACUGCCAGAGCUGCCAGAGCAUCUCCUUCUGCACGUUCACCCAGCUCUCCCUGCUGGUGGUCUGCUCCAAGUACUGGAGGGUGUUUGACGCGGGGGACUACUCUCUGCUGUGCUCCGUGCCCAGUGAGAAUGACCAGGCCUGGACUGGAGGAGACUUCAUCGCUGCCGACAAAGUCAUCAUCUGGACUGAGGAUGGGUGCAGCUACAUUUACAAGCUGCCUGCCAGCUGCCUGCCUGCCAGCGAGCAUUUCCGCAGUGACGUAGGAAAGACAACAGAGGGCUCCAUCCCCCCUCUAGUCUACAGCAUCGCAGAUCGCGCCGACAAACAGCUCCUCAUAUGCCCCCCGGUGACGCGCUUCUUCUAUGGGCGGCGCGAGCCCUUCCACAAGCUGCUGGUGCAGGGCGACUCGGCCGGCCGCCUCUCUCUCUGGAGCAUCCCAGAGACCUCCCCUCUCCAGCCCCUCUCCUCGGCUGCAGAGCUGCAGGUGUCCUCCACCGUUAGCUUGCAGGAGGCCUUUGACAAGCUGGCGCCCCGGUCAGCGGGCAUCAUCGACCAGCUGAGCGUGGUCCCCGGCUCGGAGGAGCCCAUCAAGGUGACGGCCAGCGUGUACAUUCCAGGCCAGGGCCGGCUGGUGUGCGGCCGCGAGGACGGCAGCAUCAUCCUGGUGCCCGCCACCCAGACCGCCAUCGUCCAGCUGCUGCAGGGAGAGCACAUGCUGCGCAGAGGCUGGCCUCCACACCGCACCCUGCGGGGCCACCGGAACAAGGUGACGUGCCUGCUGUACCCCAACCAGGUGUCGGCGCGCUACGACCAGCGCUCGCUGGUGUCGGGCGGCGUGGACUUCUCCGUCAUCGUGUGGGACAUCUUCACGGGCGAGAUGAAGCACAUCUUCUGCGUCCACGGAGGAGAGAUCACCCAGCUGCUGGUCCCGCCCGAGAACUGCAGCACGCGGGUGUCCCACUGCGUGUGCUCGGUGGCGAGCGAUCACUCGGUGGGCCUGCUGAGCCUGCGGGAGCGCAAGUGCAUCAUGCUGGCCUCGCGCCACCUCUUCCCCAUCCAGGUCAUCAAGUGGCGGCCCUGCGACGACUACCUGGUGGUGGGCUGCUCCGACGGCUCCGUCUACGUCUGGCAGAUGGACACAGGUGCGCUGGACCGCUGUGUGAUGGGCAUCACGGCCGUGGAGAUCCUGAACGCGUGCGACGAGCUGGCGCCGGCGGCGGUGGACGCCCUCAACCACCCGGCGGUCAACCUGAAGCAGGCCAUGACGCGCCGCAGCCUGGCCGCCCUCAAGAACAUGGCCACGCACAAGCUGCAGACCCUCGCCACCAACCUGCUGGCCGCCGACAACGCAGACAAGGGGAACCUGCCCAAGUACUCCCACAAUGCACUUGUGGUGCAAGCGAUGAAGACCAACGUGACGGACUCGGACAUGCACGUGCUCUUCUUCGACGUGGAGGCGGUCAUCAUCCAGCUGCUGACCGAGGAGGCCCAGAGGCCCAACCCCAUGCUGGUCUCCCCGGAGACGCUGCAGAAAGCACCUGGCGGGGUGGACAAAGGCGGCUCCUUGCUGGCCAGCAAGAUCUUCAAACAGGUGAAGGAGACCAUCAAGGAGAACAUCAAGGAGCACCUGCUGGACGAGGACGAGGAGGAGGAGGAAGAGCUGCGCCGGCGCGAGGAGAAGUCCAAGUCCCUGAGCCUGCUGGAGUACAACCUGACCAUGGACACGGCCAAGCUCUUCAUGUCCUGCCUGCACGCCUGGGGCCUCAACGGCCAGCUGGACGAGGUGUGCCUGAGCCGCCUGGGCAUGCUCAAGCCGCACACGCCCAUCUCCUUCGGCCUGAUCUCGCGCGGCGGGCACAUGUCCCUCAUGCUGCCCACCUUCAAGGAGUCCCUGCUGCGCCAGCUGGCGCUGGGCGGCGCGCCCGACGCCGGCCGCAAGCUCUCCGUGUCCGAGACGGUGGGCAAGGGCACGUACGGCGUGUCGCGCGCCGUCACCACGCAGCACCUGCUGUCCGUCAUCUCGCUGUCCAACACGCUCAUGGGCAUGACCAACGCCACCUUCGUGGGCGAGCACAUGAAGAAGGCCCCGGCACGCCCCCCCAGACCGGGCACCCCAGAGACCCUGAGGAAGACCGGCCCGCCGCCCCCCGCCUCCAGCCCCGCCAUGCAGGCCCAGAUCAAACAAGGCUGGAGCCAGCUGGCUGCCAUGCACUGCGUGAUGCUGCCCGACCUGCUGGGACUGGACAAGUUCAGACCCCCUCUGCUGGAGAUGCUGGCCCGCCGCUGGCAGGACCGCUGCCUGGAGGUGAGGGAGGCAGCCCAGGCCCUGCUGCUGGCUGAGCUGCGGAGGAUUGGUCAGUCUGGCAGGAAGGACACCAUUGACCUGUGGGCCCCAUACCUGCCCCAGUAUGUGGACACCGUCAGCUCCCCCACGGCAACUGAGGCGCCCCAGCCAAUCCCGCCACCCCCUGAGCCCCAGCCAGUGGAAGUGAAGGUCCAGGAAGAGGAAAUAGAUGUGACCGACGAUGACAUCACUGCAGGCUGCCUGUCCAACCUGCCGCCCAACGCUAAGAAGAUCUCCAACUCGUACGAGGAGCGGCGGAAGCAGGCCACGGCCAUCGUGCUGCUGGGCGUGAUCGGGGCCGAGUUCGGCGCCGAGAUCGAGCCGCCCAAGCUGCCGUCGCGCCCGCGCACCGCCGCAACGGCCCCCGAGGGCUUCGGCCUGACCACCGGCGGCUCCAACUACUCCCUGGCGCGCCACACCUGUAAGGCUCUGACGUUCCUGCUGCUGCAGCCCCCUAGCCCUAAGCUGCCCCCCCACAGCACCAUCCGCCGGACGGCCAUCGAUCUGAUUGGCCGCGGCUUCACGGUGUGGGAGCCGUACAUGGACGUGUCCGCCGUGCUCAUGGGCCUGCUGGAGCUGUGCGCCGACGCCGAGAAGCAGCUCUCCAACAUCACAAUGGGGCUUCCCCUGAACCCCGCUGCAGACUCGGCCCGCUCGGCUCGCCACGCUCUCUCGCUCAUCGCCACCGCCCGCCCGCCCGCCUUCAUCACCACCAUCGCCCGCGAGGUGCACAGACACACGGCGAUGCAGUCGCAGGGCUCCCAGUCGCAGCAGAACGUGCACACCACCACCCUGGCCCGCGCCAAGACCGAGAUCCUGCGGGUCAUCGAGAUCCUCAUCGAGAAGAUGCCCAGCGACGUGGUGGACCUGCUGGUCGAGGUGAUGGACAUCAUCAUGUACUGCAUCGAGGGCUCUCUUGUCAAGAAGAAGGGCCUGCAGGAGUGUUUCCCUUCUAUCUGCAAGUUCUACAUGGUGGGCUAUUGUGACCGUAGUCACCGCAUUGCUGUGGGAGCGCGGCAGGGUUCUGUGGCUCUGUACGACGUCCGCACCGGCAAGUGCCAGCACAUUCACGGCCAUAAAGGGCCCAUCACAGCCGUGUCCUUCGCUCCAGAUGGGCGCUACCUGGCCACCUAUUCCAACGCCGACAGCCAUAUCUCCUUCUGGCAGAUGAACACCUCUCUGCUGGGCAGCAUUGGCAUGCUGAACUCUGCUCCGCAGCUGCGCUGCAUCAAGACGUACCAGGUGCCGCCGGUGCAGCCCGCCUCGCCCGGCUCCCAGAACGCGCUGAAGCUGGCGCGCCUCAUCUGGACCUCCAACCGCAACGUCAUCCUGAUGGCGCACGACGGCAAGGAGCACCGCUUCAUGGUCUGAGGCGCCCGCCCCUCACCCGCCCGCCGUGCUGGGGGUCCCCCGAAGGGUCACGAGGAGGUCGUCUCGACCGCCCAGACCACGCCCGCUUACCCUGCCCCAACCACACACACACACACACACACACACAUACACCACCCACCCCACUCGCCCCUUAACCCCCCCAGCGGCCAUAUCCCAGCAAGCAGUGGGGCGCGCCAUGGCGCCGUUUACACACGACUUUUAAGUUGUUUACAUUUGAUGUCCAUUCCCUUUGGUUUAGCUGUUUUUACUGUGUCAUUUGGUGGGUUUAUUUAAAAGUGAAGGACCUUUGGAGGAGAGGGGCCCCUGAUGGCCACGCUGCUGUAGCGGGGGGGGGGGGGGCCUCGUGCGUGUGCGGUACAGUGAGCAUGAGGUGCUGUGGUGUGGGCCGAGGCGUAGAGCUGGCCUGUGGGAUUGGAGUGGAAUCUAUUUUAUUUUGUUUUUGUUUGUUUCCUGAUUAACUUGCAUGAGUCGUCAUCGGUAGACAUGUGUUGUUGGGACACACAUUUCACUGGAGAGCUCUGGCAACGGAGGCCCUGUCAUCCUGAUGGGUAUUUACUGAACUGGAGGAGGAAGAAGGAAGCGACUCUCUCUCUCUCUCCCUCUCUCUUUCUCCCCAGAGAGAGAGAGGAGCAGGAGGGCCUGGACUGAUCCACGCGUGCUCCUCAUAGCAGGAGGAGGAGGAGGAGGAGGAGGAAGAGGAGUCGCCUCACGGUCACGUGGUUAUCAACCAAAGGGUUCUAGUAAAACUAAAUAUCAUUAUCUGUGCUGUAUCGUGUGAAAUAUCUCACCAGGAAUGUUGUAGCUGUUGUUGUCGUUCUGUAUCGUUUGUUUGUUUGUUUGACUGUUUGUUUGUUUGUUUACUUAACUUGUCUCUCCUCUUGGACCAUUUUGGUUGAUUCUCAGUAGGAUCAUGGUGUGCUUGGUGCUGUCAUAGUUGCUGUGUGUUCAACCCUCCCCUGCGCUCCUGUACAGAUGUGUGUGUGAGUGUGUGUGUGUGUGUGUGUGUGUGUGUGUGUGUAGCACUGCAGCUAAUGCUAAAACCUGUUCCAGCACCGUGACUUUAGAGAGCUGUUUAAUAUGAAGAUACAUAUGUAUAGCUAGAUAUCUCUAUCUCUCCUCAGAGUUAUUUUUCAUGGACUUAGCCUGUGUGUUCUGGCUCUGUGUGGAGUCUGAUGAAAGAGGCAGUGGGACGGAUGGAGGGAGCACAGGGGGGAGAGAGAGAGAGAGAGUGAGAGAGAGAGAGACGGACGGAGUGAAAGAGGUGGCCAUGGCUGUCGGAGGUGGACUCUUUUUGCGCUUGACCACUUUGUGCGGCAUGCCUGUGUGUGCUUCUCCUUUCAUUAGUGCGGCAGAAGAGCCUCACACCAGCACACACCUGAAAAGCCAAGCGUGUCAAAGCUUUUCGCGAGUUCAGCCGCCCGCACCCCCGCAGAAAAGUACUUUUUCCCCGGCACUCCGCUCCGACAGCUUUUGAAGGCCUUGACUUCCCAGUCAGGCAACCUUUUUGCGAUCUUAAUCUGUCUUCCCCGCUGCAUGGCAGUAAUGGCCUCGGAAAAUGUGUUUUUGGCAGCUCGGAUCAGAAAAAAAAAAAAGAAGAAGAGGGGCGAAAAAAAAAGAGGAGAGGACGAGAUUGAGUGAGAGAUGAGAGAGAAAAUGAGUAAAAGUGAGAAAAAAGCUUAGGAUGUUGGUGUCUGGCACAAAUUGCUUCCUCCUCCAUAAGUUUAACAGAGGCUUGUGAUCUGAGGUCACACUACAUCGGAUUUAUGACCUGUCUUAAGUGAAGGCCCACGCCUGACAUCUAAAGGUUAUGGCCACGGAUGAAUCCUGUAUAUAGGCAUGCCCCCCUGCUCCCUUAGCUGUUCUCCCACUUACCACACUCACCAAAACUUUCUUCUCGUCUGUGCAGGAAGACUAUAGAUGUUAGAGGGAGGAAAAGGGGUCGACUACUCCAACAUGUACAUUUUUUUCACCAUAUCAGCUAUUAUGGCAGUCGUAUUUAUUGCAGUGCAAUGGGUCAUCUUCUGUGUGCAUGCUUGUGUGCGUGUGUGUGUGUGUGUGUGUGUGUGAGUGUGUGUGUGUGCGUGCUCAAUUUGCUUUUGACUCACCCAGCUAGUUUUCUCUUUUCUUGACGUCAUCAGCGCAGUUCGGAGUGAGCGGAGGCAGCACCACAGCUGCUUCUCUCCACCACUGAGUCACAGGCGCAGGAGAGGACCAAGAGGCGCGUUAGUCACCGCUUCACCCUCAACCGCUCCACACUCCCCGUCUCAUUCCUGCCUCCGUCGCCUCAGCUGUACUGCACUAACAUGCACCCUGAGGGGUCACCACACCACACCACACCACACUAACACAAGGCUUUAGAGAGAAAGAGAGAGAAGGGGACGAGAGCACACAGUGUGUGUGUGUAUCAGUACGCUACUCUCUCUCAGUCAGCAUCAUAGUCGUUUCCAGUCGUUUGUCCUCUACCGCGUGAGCUUAGGGUCUGUCCCUCGCUCGCCACGUCUGGACCCUGGGAGUGGACGCACAGAAGCAGACUUUUCUUCCAUCGUUUCUUGGUGAGGCUUAGUAUAAUCUGGUGUGUAGCCCACUAGACCCUCCCUCAUAGCUGUCGACCGUGUUCUGUGCUGUGGCUUGGAAGCCCCCGUGUGUUUGCGUUGGAGUGUGUUUGUGUGUGUGGGUGACUGCGUUGCCUGUCUGUGCUACCAUACACUGAAUAUAUUGAAGAUGUACUGUAUUGUAUAGAUUGUGUUUAAAAGAGGAAAAAUUCUAAAAAUCUAUCGUGGACUACUUAAUGUUCAAUAAAAAGUGAGAUGUGGAAA